AUGUCCUUGCCAGCAAUUGGGGAGGACGUUGAUACUGCAUAUGAAUAUACUGCAAUAACAGAACAUGGCACAAUCAGAAUCAUGCGACUUGAGCCUUCGCUAGAUAUCGAGGCUGAGCUUCGGGUCAGACUUAUACACGAACGCCUCAAUGACUACGAAGAAGGUAUCGCUGGGCAUUAUACAGCACUCUCAUACGUAUGGGGAGAUGCCACAGAUAUUCGCACCGUUGUCGUCGAUGGCAAAAGGCUGUCGAUCACAGCUUCACUUCACUGUGCUAGCUAUCUUUCACUCUUCUUCAGCUUCCCCAUGUUGAUUAUUGAUCUCCUCCGAUGGCUAAGCGAGGAUUCAUUCCCAUCGCUUGGCAAUGUGCGGUCGAGCGAGAGAUAG